CGGGCCCGGACGCCGGGGUCCCCGGCGCUGACGGGGCCGGGGGAGCGGCCCGGGGUCCCGGCGCGAUGGGCGAGUGGACGAUCCUGGAGAGGCUGCUGGAGGCCGCGGUGCAGCAGCACUCGACGAUGAUCGGCAGGAUCCUGCUGACGGUGGUCGUCAUCUUCCGGAUCCUGAUCGUGGCCAUCGUGGGCGAGACGGUGUACGAGGACGAGCAGACCAUGUUCACGUGCAACACCCUGCAGCCCGGCUGCAACCAGGCCUGCUACGACAAGGCCUUCCCCAUCUCCCACAUCCGCUACUGGGUCUUCCAGAUCAUCCUGGUCUGCACGCCCAGCCUCUGCUUCAUCACCUACUCGCUCCACCAGUCGGCCAAGCAGCGGGACCGGCGCUAUUCCUUCCUCCACCCGCUGCUGGAGAAGGACGCCCGGAAGGCGCGGAGCGUCAACGGGAUCCUGGUGCACAACCCCGAGGGCUCGGCCAAGGAGGAGCCCGCCUGCCUGCAGGUCAAGGAGCUGCCCAGCGCCCCCCCGCGGCCGCCCAAGAGCGCCAAGGUCAAGCGGCAGGAGGGCAUCUCCCGCUUCUACAUCAUCCAGGUGGUCUUCCGCAACGCGCUGGAGAUCGGCUUCCUGGCGGGCCAGUACGUCCUGUACGGCUUCCACGUGCCGGCCACCUUCGGGUGCGACCGCUACCCCUGCGUCAAGGAGGUGGAGUGCUACGUCUCCCGGCCCACUGAGAAGACCGUCUUCCUGCUCUUCAUGUUCGCCGUGAGCGGGAUCUGCGUGCUGCUCAACCUGGCCGAGCUCAACCACCUGGGCUGGCGCAAGAUCCGGACGGCCGUGCGGGGCGUGCAGGCCCGGCGCAAGUCGGUCUGCGAGGGGCGCAAGAAGGACCCGGCGGCCCCGGCGCCAUCGCUGGGCCGGACCCAGUCCAGCGAGUCCGCCUACGUCUGAGCCCCGGGGCCGGCCGCUUUCCAGUGCGAACGCCGGCGGGGGCCUCUCGCGCCGCGCCCCCUCGGGGGCGGGGGGGGGCCGCAGGUUUGCUGCAAGGGCUGAAUGGGAGACAUGGGACACCCCCCCCCCCCCCGAUCCAGCCUGGGGAAGCUCCCAGCCAUUUUAAAAAAACAAAAGUUAUUUAUUGUUCCUCGGAGUCUUCCAACAUGGUGCAAGCUGGGGGGAGGGUUCCUGGAACUUGUCCCCCCCCCGCCCCCAUCAGCCUUUUCCAGCCCUGGGAUCAGCCAGGGGUGGGGGGGGGGGCUGGUUGUGUUU